AUGGCUCAUUUGAGCGCUGUGCAGCUCAUUCCCACGCACAACUUUGGUGGACGUUCGUUCUCCUCCACGCCGGCGACAAGCGUGUUGAAUGACGACAAGAUCGUUGCAGCCUCGCCCUCGGAGGCGGCGGGUCAGGCAAAAAAUGCGGCGGAGGAGGCGAUUGAAGCUGCGAGUGCGGUCGACUUCGCUUCCGUCUCCGACCUGGGCUACUCGCUGUCGGACAUGGCUAUCCGCUCGCUCGACGUGAUUCACUCGACGACGGGUCUUCCGUGGUGGGCGACUAUUAUUGCCACGACAGUUGCCGUGCGUACGGUCUUCUUCCCGGUGACUGUCAUCUCGAUGCGGAAUGCAGCCAAGAUGAAACUUUUCCAGCCCGACAUGGAGAAGCUCAAAGCCCAGAUGGAUGCAAACCCGACGCAGAGCCCAGAGUCCACGAAAGAGUUCCAGACGAAAUACAAGGCACUGAUGAAGAAGCACGACGUGAACCCUUUUAAAAGUGUGCUCACCCCAUUAUCCCAGAUCCCUGUCUUUCUUGGGUUCUUCUGGGGUCUGCAAGACAUCUCAAAGUACUUUCCCGAGUAUGCUCACGAGGGCAUCGGCUGGGUUCCCGACCUCUCCGUUGCCGACCCUACGCUGGCUUUGCCCGUCAUUUCCUCGGCUCUGAUGGCGGCAUCCGUCGAGCUCGGUGGGGAUGCAAUGGGUGGUGAUAUGCAGCGCAACUUGAAGUUCGGUAUGCGCUGCUUUGCGCUUAUGAUGGUCCCGCUCACCAUGAAUUUCCAAUCGGGCAUCUUCGUGUACUGGGUGACGUCGAACAUGUUCACGCUGACGCAGACUGCACUGAUGCGGCUCAACGUCGUCAAGCGUGCACUCAACAUCCCCGUGACAGAGGUGCAGCGUCUGGAGGCAUCUACAAUUACGACGACAUCGCCCUUCGAGGCAGCAGUGUCCCGCGCGAAGGAGGGCACAGUUGUGAAGACGCACAUGUACAAGCCGACCAAGCCGCUCAAAAAACAGCAAAAACUUUUUAGUCUUAUUGUAAAGGACAAGCCAGAGUCUUUGCUACACUCGUACCUGAAUCUCGGGGCAAAGGGUGGAGGGCAAGAAGCGUCAUCAUGA